AUGAAGCUGCCGGGCCAAAAGGAUUUUGAAGGCUCUGAUGCUCAUGAAAAUGUUUGCUCAGAGGAACUGGACAGUGGCCUAGGCCCUGGCCUUGAUGGACCCUCAGUCACAGACACUGGGGAGUCUCCGAUAUCCAAGGACCCUUUGCUCUUCAUUCAACUAAAUGAGCUGCUGGGCUGGCCCCAGGCACUGGAGUGGCGAGAGACAGGCAGGUGGCUUCUGUUCGAGGAAAAGCUAGACAUAGGCGCAGGCCGGUGGAGUGGCCCCCAUGUGCCUAUCCUGGCACUACCCAGCCUCCAAAAGCUUCGCAGUCUGUUGGCCGAGGGCAUUGUUUUGCUAGACUGUCAAGCUCAGAGCCUCCUGGAGCUUGUGGAGCAGGUAGUCAGUGGGGAGUCACUGAGCCCUGAACUGAGAGGACAGCUUCAGGCCUUGCUCCUGCAGAGACCCCAGCACCACAUCCAGACCACAGGCAUCAGGUCCUGCAGAGGGUCUAAUGCUUUCAGAAAGGCUUCUCGUGAUGAGGACACCCCGCUGAAGCACCAGAACCCCUUGAGACAGAAGCUGCCUCCUGGAGCUGAGGCAGCAGCGGUGUUAGCAGGAGAGUUGGGCUUCCUGGAACAGCCACUAGGGGCCUUUGUAAGACUGCAGAAUCCGGUGGUGCUGGAGUCUCUUACAGAGGUGAUCUUGCCUAGCAGGUUUUUCUGCCUCCUCUUCGGUCCUCCCACCCUGGGAAGGAGCUACCAUGAGAUGGGACGGGCAGCAGCUGUCCUCCUCAGUGACCCGCAAUUCCAGUGGUCAGUUCGUCGGGCAAGCAAUCUUCAUGACCUUUUGGCAGCUUUGGAUGCCUUCCUACAGGAGGUGACAGUUCUACCUCCAGGUCGGUGGGACCGGACAGCCCGGAUUCCUCCGCCCAAAUGCCUACCCUCUCAGCACAAAAGACUUCCCUCGAAAGUGAAGGAAGUCACCAGCCUUCCCCGCCAGAGUGCUGCCCUGGCAGAAGACAAGCACCACCAUGGGCCGCACACACCCAUCCCAGAAUUGCAAAGGACAGGCAGGCUCUUUGGGGGUCUUAUUCAGGACGUGCGCCGGAAGGCAUGUUGGUACCCCAGUGAUUUCCUGGACGCCCUACACCCCCAGUGUUUCUCAGCUGUGUUCUACAUUUACCUGGCCACAGUCACAAACGCCAUCACUUUUGGGGGUCUUCUGGGAGAUGCCACUGAAGGUGCCCAGGGAGUGCUGGAGAGUUUCCUGGGCACAGCGGUGGCUGGAGCUGUUUUCUGCCUGAUGGCGGGCCAGCCCCUUACUAUCCUUAGCAGCACCGGGCCAGUGCUGGUAUUUGAGCGGCUACUCUUUUCUUUCAGCAGAGAUUACAGCCUGGACUACCUGCCCUUCCGCCUGUGGGUCGGCAUCUGGGUAGCCACAUUUUGCCUUGCACUGGUGGCUACAGAGGCUAGCUUGCUGGUGCGCUACUUCACCAGAUUCACAGAGGAAGGAUUCUGUGCCCUCAUCAGCCUCAUCUUCAUUUAUGAUGCCGUGGGGAAAAUGCUGAACUUGAUCCGUGCCUAUCCAGUCCAAAGGCCAGGAUCUCCUGCUUAUGGUUGCUUCUGUCAAUACCCAGGCACAGGAGGAAAUGCGUCUGAAUGGACAAGUACAAAGCUCAAAGACACAGAGGAUGUCUUAAGCGUGCACCCAGGCCUUGUCAAUGCUUCCUUCCUGCCUCCAUCUGAGUGCAUCCAGCAAGGAGGCCACCCUCGAGGCCCCAGCUGUCACACGGUGCCAGACAUCGCCUUCUUCUCCCUUCUCCUCUUCUUUACUUCUUUCCUUUGUGCCAUUGCCCUGAAGCAUUUAAAGAGCAGCCGCCUCUUCCCCUCCGUGGUGCGCAAAGUGUUCAGUGACUUUUCCUCAGUCCUGGCCAUCCUGCUGGGCUGUAGCCUUGACGCCUUCCUGGGCCUAGCCACGCCGAAGCUCUUGGUGCCCACAGAAUUCAAGCCUACACUCCCUGGGCGUGGCUGGCUGGUGUCUCCUUUUGGAGCUAACCCCUGGUGGCUGAGUGUGGCCGCUGCCUUGCCUGCUCUGCUGCUGUCUAUCCUUAUCUUCAUGGACCAGCAGAUCACAGCAGUCAUCCUCAACCGUGCAGAAUACAGACUGCAGAAGGGAGCAGGCUUCCACCUGGACCUCUUCUGUGUAGCCGUUUUGAUGCUGUUCACAUCAGCACUUGGGCUGCCCUGGUAUGUCUCAGCUACCGUCAUCUCCUUGGCCCACAUGGAUAGUCUUCGGAGAGAGAGCAAAGCCUGUGUCCCUGGAGAAGUCCCCAACUUCCUGGGCAUCAGGGAACAGAGGCUGACAGGCUUGGUGGUGUUCAUCCUUACAGGUGUCUCCAUCUUCCUGGCACCUGUGCUCAAGUUCAUCCCGAUGCCUGUGCUCUAUGGCAUCUUCCUGUACAUGGGGGUAGCAGCGCUUAGCAGCAUCCAGUUUAUGAAGAGAGUGCAGCUAUUGUUGAUGCCAAGGAAACAUCAGCCAGACAUGCUGCUCCUGCGACACAUACCUCUGAGCAGAGUCCACCUAUUCACAGGCAUCCAGCUUGCUUGUCUAGGUCUGCUUUGGGUAAUCAAGUCUACCCCUGCAGCCAUUGUCUUCCCACUCAUGUUGCUGGGCCUGGUGGCAGUCCGGAAGGCACUGGAAUGGGUCUUUUCACCACAGGAGCUCCUCUGGCUGGAUGAGCUCAUGCCAGAGGAGGAGAAGAGCAGCCCUGAGAACAGGCCGGAGCCGGAGCACUUGUUCAGUGGAAAUGAUAGUGAAGAUUCAGAAUUGAUGUAUCAGCCAAAGGCUCCAGAAAUCAACAUCUCUGUGAAUUAGCUGAAGUCAUGGUGUGGAGACCUCAGGAAACAGACACAAGGUACCAGAAGGAUGGUUCAGAAGUCAAGAGCACUUGCAGCUCUUCCAGAGGACCUAAGUAUGAUGCCCAACAUCUAUAUGGCAGCUUAUAACUGUCCCUAACUUCAGUUCCAGGGGAAUCCAGCACCCUCUGCUAGCUUUCUUG